UGGGCCUUGAACCCCUCCACCACACUGCGCGUCGCCAUGCUGCAGCGGGUCUCGCAGCUCGCGCGCCGCCGCCUCCUGUCGCUGCCGUCCGCCGCCGCGGCCGCUCGCCGGGCUGCGCCGGUGUCCGCGGAGGCUGUUUCCGGCGGAGGAUCAAUCCCACUGCCCCGCGGCUGUGGCGCCGGGGUGGCGGCGAGCGGGUGGAGUGGUGGCGGCCCGGGGCUCCGGUUGGCUCGGAGUCUCUGCACCUACGACGAGAGAGAUGACAGGGCGCUUGAGGAGGAAGCUGAGAAGAAAUUUGGAUGGAUAUUGAAGAUAUUCUUUCUAGGAACUGCUGGCCUAGUUGGCUACCAAUUCUUUCCAUAUAUGGGGGAUAACCUACUUCAGCAAUCUAUUUCUCUUUUGCGUGUCAAGGAUCCCUUGUUCAAACGGAUGGGAGCUUCCCGGUUAGGUCGUUUUGCAGUGGAUGACCAAAGAAGAAUGAAGGUGGUUGAGAUGGGGGGAGCUCAGGAACUUCUUAAUGUAUUGGAAGGUGCUAAAGAUGAUAAAACACGUAAAGAAGCUCUAAAAACUCUUGUUGGACUUUCAAAAUCUGAAGAAGCAGCAGGAUUUUUGGACAGGGCAGGUGCCUAUGCAAUAGUCAGUUCCACUCCCAACUCCCCAGAAUAUGCUGAGAUCGAGACUUACAAGGCUAGUCUUCUGAAGGCGUUUGAUCAGCUGAAGUCAUGACGCUGCAAUGCCAAUGACUACGAGAGUUGAUUCAGCAAUAUGUUGUGGCGGCCAAUGCCCUAGAUUUUGAGUCGACAGGAAUUAUAUCGAGCACAUCCUGGUGGCCUUUCUUUGACCAGGCAUCGGUUUGUUGCUGGGAAUGUAUGUCUUGUACUUUGUUCCAAACAGGCAGCACUUUUUUUUUGCCCUUUUUUGCAGGCCAAUAAUAAGAGCUUUCUUUGCUUAAAGCGGGGUUACACUCCAAACAGGCAGCACAUGGACAGUUGGGUGUUGGUUUGGUUGUAUGAUGCGCACUGAAUCGGACUUUUAGUCGAGGAACACAUCGUUUCAGAUUCACAAUGCCAGUGACGUCUAAAAUACUUUC